AUGGAAGAGGAAUCAUUCCUCGAUCUAAUCAAGCCUCCGCGGCUGGAGGACGCCGGCCUCGAAGACUGCGCUCUGCCGCCGGAGUCCAUCAAGGAGGCGUUUCUGAAAGCCGCCUCCGCCGUCAGAUCCAUCAUCUCGUCUUCCGGCGACAAAGAUGAAGGCGGAGUCCGAUGCGUGGAGGAUCCGUGGGAAGAUUCUUCAGACGCGCUCGUUGGGAUAACCGAAGGCACCACUGGUCCUACUGAAGGCUGCAUCGUCGAGAAAGGCGGCGGCUUGACGGAGGCACCUGGGGAUAGGGUGUCGGUCGGCGGCGGGGAUGAGAAAUCGGACGCGGUGGUGGUUCCCGGCGCGGAGGAGGGAGGCGGGGAGGCGGCGUGCGUGGACGGAUUGCAAGGGCUGGAAAUUGGUGAAAAGGGCAAGGGUAAUUUGGGAAAGAAGAUUGGAGAGACGGAUUGUGACGUGGAUGAAGACGAAGAAAAGCGUGCUGACAAUACUCCGAUUUUAGUUGAGGGUUUUGGUGCCUGA